AUGACGUGUGUUCUCCUUAAAAUCUCAGGUUUGCCAGAUGAGAAGGGUCGAUUUCAGAUUCUCCACAUCCACACGGUGCGGAUGCGGGAGCACCAGCUGCUGGCAGAAGAUGUGGACAUCGCGGAGCUGGCAGUUGAGACGAAAAACUUCAGCGGUGCUGAGCUGGAAGGUUUGGUCCGAGCUGCUCAGUCGACUGCCAUGAACAGGCACAUUAAGGCCAGCAAUAAGGUGGAAGUGGACAUGGAGAAGGCAGAGAGCUUGCGUGUGACGAGAGGAGACUUCUUUGCAUCUUUGGAGAAUGAUAUCAAACCAGCAUUUGGAACCAACCAGGAAGACUAUGCAAGCUACAUCAUGAACGGUAUUAUUAAGUGGGGUGACCCAGUAACGAGGGUAUUGGAUGAUGGGGAGCUGCUCGUUCAACAGACUAAGAACAGUGACCGCACUCCUCUGGUUAGCGUGCUUCUGGAAGGUCCCCCCCACAGUGGGAAGACUGCUCUAGCAGCGAAAAUAGCAGAAGAAUCCAACUUCCCCUUUAUCAAGAUCUGUUCUCCUGAUAAGAUGAUCGGAUUUUCUGAAACGGCCAAGUGCCAGGCUAUGAAGAAGAUCUUUGAUGAUGCGUACAAGUCCCAACUCAGCUGUGUUGUUGUGGACGACAUUGAGAGACUUCUAGAUUAUGUCCCAAUUGGACCACGGUUCUCUAAUCUGGUGCUGCAGGCCCUUCUGGUGCUGCUGAAGAAGGCCCCCCCUCAGGGUCGCAAGCUCCUGAUCAUUGGAACCACCAGUCGCAAGGACGUCCUGCAGGAGAUGGAAAUGCUGAACGCUUUCAGCACGACCAUCCACGUGCCCAACAUCGCAACAGGGGAGCAACUGAUGGAGGCUUUGGAGCUCCUGGGUAACUUCAAAGACAAGGAACGCAGCACCAUUGCACAGAAUGUCAAAGGGAAGCCUGUCUGGAUCGGUAUCAAGAAGCUGCUGAUGCUGAUAGAGAUGUCAUUACAGAUGGAUCCUGAGUAUCGGGUGAAAAAAUUCUUGGCUCUUCUGAGAGAAGAAGGAACGUAUCACAGGGAGUAGUUGAGCCCAGGCUUGAGAGUGGCACCUCCUAGAAAGUGACUUUCUAAUACGUGCAGGGCAGUGCCUGUGCUGGGGAGCUCCCAGCAGGGUCUGUCCUGGCUGCCUGUGAGUGGGUGCCGGUGUGUGCUUGAUGCUUUUGUACGUGUGCAUGCUUUCCUCAUGGAUUUGGCUUCUUUUGCAAGAGUUCCUACCCUAGACUGAAGGUGGACCAAGUGCAAGAUCAACAGCUGGAAAAGUGACCAACCUGGAGAAUAUCCCCUGGGAUCUUUACUCCUCUGCGUUCAACACACUGGACAAAGCGAAACGCUCCCCUCUUUCCAGGAACCCGAUGUGGAAUCUGCAUGUUUAGUGCAAUACAGUAUCUUUAUUCUUCGUCUUUAAUAUCCUGAUGUCAUGUGGAAGUGUCUCCUAGAACACUGUGCUUCUGUCUCUGUGCAGGCGAGGCUGCCUUCUCAUUUGAUUUUAGCAUGGGGGAAAUGUCCCGUACGUCCCGACGCCAACGCUCACUUGUGGCCAGUUGCUACGAUAGGAGAGAAAUCCCCAUUUCCAAUAAAACCUGACAGUCUGUGGUGAAGGUAUAUUAAAGUCCUGCUCUGUGUUACCCUGAGUGAUGAAUGCUUCCCAUGCCAUCCCACGCCUCACUCAGCCCCGAGCCAGGCUGUUCCUGGCAGACGGUGCCCGGGAUAACUCAGCUCCAGCCCCCCUGGAUGCUGAUCCCUGCUCCCCUCUGCGCCCGGGUGCCCUGUGCCCCAUGAGAGGGAC